GAAUAGUCUCUCAAAAAGAAGAACCGCCCAAGCUCACCUACCAGCUGGUCAGCACUAAUAAAGAAGGCACCAUCCUCCUGGCUUCCUCUGCUCGCCCCUCCCAAAAGGUAGCAGAAGGGGGAGACUAGGAGGCACCGAGGCAGUCCACACUCGACAGAGAAGAGAGAUGGCGAUGCGGAUGGCGGCGGCUGCGGCGGUCGCGGCGGUGUUGUGCGUGCUGGCGCCCCCCGCGGCGGCGCAGACGACGAAGACGCCGGACUGUGCGGCGAAGCUGACGCCGUGUGCGCCGUACAUAAACACGACGGGGACGCCGCCGGAGGCCUGCUGCGGGUCGAUCAAGGACGCCGUCCAGAACGACCUCCAGUGCCUCUGCGGGCUCUACGCCUCGCCGGAGAUCUUCAAGGCCUUCAACAUCAACGUCACCCAAGCCCUCGGCGUCUCCAAGCGCUGCGGCCUCGCCGACACCACCGAAGCCUGCAAGAGUCCUCCUCCAUCAGGUGGUGGAAGCAACACUCUGUCAUUCGGUUUCCCAGGAUUGAUGAGCUUGUUCCUAGCUUUGUGGUCUGUGUUGGCAUAAGAUCCAUCACGCUAUUACUAGAUUACCUUUGUUUGAUCCCGCAGUAGAUGAUUUACUACAACGUUCUGAGAUGGUGAUGCUAUGGCUGUGCAUCGAUACAAUCAGCAUUUGUUUUUGCUGUGUAUUCAUAUAGUCCGGCAGUAGAAGUGAUGGAUCUGAACUAGAAUUUCUCAUUGCUUUCUUCAUUGUGCUGUAUUAAAUUUGGAUAAUUACAUCAAAUGUUCUUGCUACCAUGUAA